ACAUACACAACGAAAUCGCGUUCGUUACCGUCGGUGUCGAAUCAGUCGAAUGGUGUCGAAGUAGUAGCCGGAGCAAGCCGGAGCUUCAUCAAAUUUCAUGGACGAAUGAUUGAGACACGGAACGGAUAAGAACGGUGAAAAAAGUGGACGUACGUAGUGCGAAUACAACCGUCCGUUGUGUGAAUCCACAGGAACGACAGCAACGACGAGAAUGAGCGAGCUUGUUUGGGGAAUAAAAAACGGCGAUCUCGAGCAAGUGCGAGACAUCGUCGAGAACAAGAACAUUGAUGUAAAUCAAAUGAUUGAUGGUAGAACACCACUACAUUAUGCAGCGGAUUAUGGCCAAAGUGAAGUUGUCAGAUAUUUAUUGGAGAAAGGGGCAAAUGCCAAUGCUACAGAUAAGCAUGGAAUCACAACAUUAUUGGCAGCAAUCUGGGAGGGGCACACAAACUGUGUAAAACUGCUGCUAGAGAAAGGUGCUAAACCAGAUGGUUUAACGCCAGACGGCACAAGCUAUCUAGAUGCAGCUGAGAAAGACGAGAUUAAACAGCUCUUGAAACUCCACUAGCAUAAAGCCAAACAAAAUGCAAAAUCAUAAUUUUGUUACUUUAGUACAUUAAUGUUCCUCCUUAUAGAGAGUGACUAUUCUACCAGCUUUGUUUUGAUUUUUCGCCUACGAUGACUAGAGUAUGUCGUAUUUAAACUCUAAAUUAAAUGAACAUAGGUACAUGGAUGCUGUUUUAUAAUAAUAAUAAUAAUAAUAAUAAUAAUAAUAAUAAUAAUAUACUGCAUGUCGAGAAUGUGAAGAGCUCGUAUAUUCUUCUCGCGAUAAUUAAUUAUUCACGGUUCUAAAUAUACAUGUAAGUUACAGAUUUAAAGAUAUUCUUUCAUAACUGAGACAAGUUAUGAAAGUUAGUUUAGUUUAAACUUACAAUCGUGUGUAUGCGUGUGCGUAUGUGUAUAUAUGUAUGUGUGUGUACAUACACGCGCGCACGCACAUACACACACAUACAUACACGUACAUAAUGUAAUUUUGAUAUGUAUUUUGAUCUAUUCUAUAAGGCGAUACAUAUUGUUUAUUAUUAAUUUAUAAAUCCUGAAAACUUUUUUAUACAUUUUUAUGUCAAUCGCUUUAAGCAUAUUAUUCCAUUUUAAAUAUGAUAUUUUCGUAGCGGCGAUGGGGUUUCUUGUACUCUUAAACAAAGUGUUAAAACUCUCCUCUUUGAGAUACUUGUGUGCUGAGUUGAAUUUUGAACGAUGUAUGUAUAAAUUGCGAUAAAAAAGAAGUAUGUUUGCAAUGCUAACAACGUGUAAUGUGUCUAAUGAAUACUAAGAAUGUACAAUAAUCAAAAGUAAUAAGCAAAUACAUCAUUGUUAUGAACA